CUCACCCGGCAAUGUCCAUUGCCAAAUGGUUGGUUUGGGCGACAGUUCUCUGGUCGAGAUUGGCAGCAGAGAUUGAGCAAUGCAACUCGCUGCCGCGGAGUGAAGAGACCAAAGAAUAUUGCGCACAAAGCUGCAGAAUGCUACUGGCAUUUGUACGAAUGCGAAUGCCUUACGAUACCGUGGACUUCAAAGUAUUGCAGAAAGCAAACGAGAUGAAUACAUGGUCAGUCUGCCCCGCAGCUUUUCGCAGCGUUGUCUUCGCGCGAUUGGCGCAUGAGAUUGCACAGUUUCAACCCACAGAUGACUGGUGGGACGGAGUGGCGCGCAGAAUCAAAUUAGCAGAGCACGCGGCGCGCGAGUUCAUCACCAACAACAUGUCAGGCUACUUGUCUUCGGGAACGAGCUUUGCACCGUGGUUUCAUCUGGGAGCCAUCUUCGACGUGGUCGGGGAAAAGUUCCCGGAGUAUUUUGGAGAAAAAGGAGUUCUGCAGACGCCACAGAGCGAAGCUCUGGCGGGAGCCUUGCGGACGUACUUGGACCUGGAUGCCCCGCAGAUUUCGCCCCUGGAGAUGUUGCAGCUACAGGGCUGGAGCUCACAUGACUUCGAGCGUCCUAAGAUUUCUACCCUUGAACGAGCGACGCUUUUGUUUGCUGAAGCAGAUUUCAUACGAAUCACGAAGGCCUAUGGCAUUCCUGGUUCUGGAGGCCUGAUGGGAAAAGACCGUGACGAAAUGAAUCGUUUGGUGGACUAUGGUCAACGAUUCCUUCGACAAGUCUACUUUCACAUCAAGGCGGCUUCUCCCGAAAAAAUGACGGAAAACGAGGGCAUUCUCUUGGCGGUGUGGCGCACACCGGUGCCUUUGUUCGAAGUGUUGGAUCGACUUGACAGUCAAGUCUUGGAGCCUAUUUUCCUACAUACUUCUCCGAUCUUUGGAGAGCAGCAAUUUCUGGUGCACCUGUUGCCCACGCGGAAUGUGGAGUCCAAUCACGUUCGGGCAUUCUUUGAACUUCACUGCGACCUGGUCUUCAAAGAUUUGGUUGAAGAGUAUCGUGGCGCUCAGCAGCCCUUGGUGGUGGUGGAAAUUGGUACAGCCUUAGGAGGCUGUGUGCUUCAUGCUCUGUCCCAGUUGCCACCUCAGACUCGCGCUCUGGCCAUCGAUGCCUAUGGCCCCGCCGUGGCGGCGCUGCGCAGGACGGCGGCCUCGAAUGGCCUCAAGGAUAGGCUCACCGUCGUUGAGAAAUUUAUCUGCCCAGAUGAGAAACGUCGCUACUCGUUUGAAUUGAAGGCCACUGGGCCGUCGCUGGUCCAACCGGCUUGGGACGAGGCCAAUGACGACAAGCAGGACUCGGAGACAUCACAAUCAGUGGAAUGUAGCAGCUUGGAGUCUGUUUUCCUAGAGCACGGCAUCUCCAAGGUGGACCUCUUGCGGAUUCACGUUCUCGGACGGGAGUACGAUGCCCUUCGCUCCGGGGAGCGCUUCUUCGCGGAGGGAAAGGUCACCACAGUGGCAGCUUCGAUCAGCCAGAUGAACACCAAGCCUGGAAGUAUGGCUGCAAUGCUUCUGCGUCAUGGAUACUCGCUUCAAUUUCGUGAAUUUCGUGAUCAAGAUGUUGUGACGGUCUUUAAUAACCAAGACGUUCUUCCAAAAAGUACCCAUACCAUGACAGCGAGGUUGAAGAGUUAGCUGACGAUCCUUGGAACUUUUGGAACUUGGAAGACCCGCCAUGAUGGCCACGAAAAGCGGAAUCUCCAGCGGAGACCUCCAGUGCAGCGUGUGUUUGGAAUCAGCCCUCCACCUGGUGACGUUCAACGGGGACCCUGAGAUCCCCCCGCCUGGGCUUGAACGACAGCUGCAAAGACCAUGGCGGCCCAGCCCUGGCAGCACAGCCAUGGGACUGAGAUGGUCCUGUUGGGAGGUUGGAAUCUGUCAGCGUUGGAAGGCCUAAAUGGGCAAAUGGCUUCUCCGGCUCACCUAGAAUCGUUUGUGAUAGAAA